UCAGAACUACCACCCCACUGUGAACACGCAGUACGGGAAACUCAGAGGGGUGAGGGUACCCCUGCCCAGUGAGAUCCUGGGACCGGUCGACCAAUAUCUGGGCGUCCCGUAUGCGGCUCCCCCCAUAGGAGAGAAACGUUUUAUGCCCCCGGAGCCUCCUUCUUCUUGGUCAGGGAUCAAGAACGCCACUCACUUUGCUCCCGUCUGCCCCCAAAAUAUUCACAAUGCUGUGCCAGAAAUCAUGAUGCCAAUAUGGUUCACCUUUAACCUGGAUAUAGUUACCACAUACAUACAGGAUCAACAUGAAGACUGUCUUUACCUAAAUAUCUAUGUUCCAACAGAAGAUGUCAAAAGAAUAUCCAAGGAAUGUGCGAGGAAACCCAACAAGAAAAUUUGUAGGAAAGGAGGGGCCCAUGCAAAAAAACACGGCGAGGAUUUAUCGGAGAAUGACGGUGAUGAAGAUGAAGACAUACGAGACACCGGUGCCAAGCCUGUGAUGGUCUACAUCCAUGGAGGGUCCUAUAUGGAGGGGACGGGCAACAUGAUUGACGGAAGCGUCCUGGCCAGCUAUGGGAACGUCAUCGUUAUCACGCUCAACUAUCGCGUUGGAGUCCUCGGCUUCCUCAGCACAGGUGACCAGGCUGCUAAAGGGAACUAUGGGCUCUUGGACCAGAUCCAGGCUUUACGGUGGAUUAGUGAGAACAUCGGUUUCUUCGGAGGAGAUUCCAACCGUAUCACUGUAUUUGGUUCUGGGAUCGGCGCUUCCUGUGUCAGCCUGCUUACCCUCUCCCACCACUCUGAAGGUCUGUUCCACCGAGCCAUUAUUCAGAGUGGAUCAGCCCUCUCCAGCUGGGCGGUGAACUACCAGCCGGUCAAGUAUACACGUCUCCUGGCAGAAAAGGUGGGCUGCAACGUUCUCGACACGUCAGACAUGGUGGAUUGUCUACGGAAGAAGAGCUCCAGGGAGCUGGUGGAGCAGGACAUACAACCUGCGAGGUACCACGUGGCCUUUGGACCCGUGAUCGAUGGUGACGUUAUACCCGAUGACCCAGAGAUUUUGAUGGAGCAAGGCGAGUUCCUCAACUACGACAUCAUGCUGGGGGUCAAUCAAGGCGAGGGGCUGCGGUUCGUAGAAAACGUGGUGGAUUCCGAAGACGGCGUUUCUGGGAACGACUUUGAUUUCUCUGUGUCGGAUUUUGUGGACAGCCUGUACGGAUACCCGGAGGGAAAGGACACACUUCGGGAGACCAUAAAGUUCAUGUAUACAGACUGGGCAGACAGAGACAACCCAGAGACCAGACGGAAGACGCUGGUGGCUCUGUUCACCGACCACCAGUGGGUAGAGCCUUCGGUGGUGACGGCUGAUCUUCACGCUCGCUAUGGCUCACCAACCUACUUCUACGCCUUCUACCACCACUGCCAGAGUCUCAUGAAGCCCGCGUGGUCAGACGCAGCCCACGGGGAUGAAGUGCCCUAUGUCUUUGGAAUUCCUAUGAUUGGUCCCACUGACCUUUUCCCCUGCAACUUCUCCAAAAACGAUGUCAUGCUAAGUGCUGUGGUCAUGACCUACUGGACAAACUUUGCCAAAACUGGGGAUCCCAACAAACCAGUUCCCCAAGACACCAAGUUCAUCCACACCAAGGCCAACCGUUUUGAGGAAGUGGCCUGGUCCAAGUACAACCCCCAGGAACAGCUGUACCUGCAUAUUGGCCUGAAGCCACGUGUGCGCGACCACUACAGGGCCACCAAAGUGGCUUUCUGGAAACACUUAGUGCCCCACCUGUACAACCUUAACGAGAUCUUUCACUACACCUCGACCACCACCAAAGUGCCACCUCCAGAGACCACGCAGAACAGCCUGUCCACCAAGAGACCCAACGGGAAGAGCUGGCCCUUCAACACCAAACGCCCCCCCAUGUCACCGGCCUACAACAGUGACGAUAAGGAAUCUUGGAACGGCGAUGAGGAGUCGGGGCCACUUGUCGUGGAGAACCCACGGGAUUAUUCCACGGAGCUCAGUGUCACCAUCGCAGUGGGGGCCUCGCUGCUCUUCCUCAAUGUCCUUGCUUUUGCGGCGCUCUACUAUCGCAAGGACAAGCGGCGGCAGGACUCCGGCCACGGGCAGCCCAGCCCCCAGCUGCAGACCACCUCAAACGACAUCAGCCACCACGCGCCCGAGGAGGAGAUCAUGUCGCUGCAGAUGAACCAGACGCACCACGAGUGUGAGGCGGGGAACAGCAACGAGGGGGCGCUGCGCUUGGCCUCGUUGCCCGACUACACGCUCACACUGCGCCGCUCUCCGGACGACAUCCCCCUCAUGACCCCCAACACCAUCACCAUGAUCCCCAACUCCCUGGUGGGUAUGCCCAACCUCCACCCGUACAACACCUUCACGACCGGCUUCAACUCCACCGGCCUGCCGCACUCCCACUCAACCACCCGCGUAUAGCUUUAAGAAGCGGGCAGGCGGAAAAGGAAGGGAAGGGGCAGGAGGCUGAACAAACGU